AUGAAGGUCUUUGGGUGGAUCUCUCCCACAUUAUUCGCUUCGACCGUACUAUCGAUAGAGACACUCCCGUUUACCCCUCCACGGACGACGGAGGCAGACAAAAGGGCAUAUGACAUUCUUCAAUUACUGAAGCGCGACGAUAACUGUCCUGCCGGGUACAAUGCCUGUACCAACAUGGAUAAAUCAGACAUCUGUUGCAAGCAGGGCUCGAGGUGUACUCGUGAUGCCGCUGAUAACAUCGCCUGCUGUCCAACUGGAGCCAGCUGCACGGGCAGUCUCACUGGAGACUCUGGUAGAAGUACCAGUUUCCGAUUCCCUCAAACCGCCACGGCUACGCAGACGACCGCUCCGAAUGACGCUACAAUAACCGGCUCAACAAUUCCCGGCGCUUACCCUUUCGUCCUUGUUCCCACUACCUUUCCGAACGCCGGAGUUUGCUCGUCGUACUAUUCUCUGUGUGAAAGCGACUAUACGAAAUGCGUCUCAUCUCUUGGAGGAGGUUAUGCAGUCACGGUCGGGGGAGGUGGAGCGGGGGUUACUCGAGGGGGUGGCGCACCGUCUGCGGUUUCCACUUGCGCCAGCCUAAGCCAGGAAGCCUGCCAUGGUCUCAAGUUGGGAUAUUGUGAGACAUAUCAUACCCGAGGGUAUGAUGAAAGCAAAGCCAACUCAGGACGCGCUUCUAGCUUGCAGGACCUCGUCUUCGGCGUCAUCAUUGGAGCGGCCGGGAUGUUUAUCUGA